CACAAACAUGAAUGUGAAUCCCCACAGACCUGCGAAUCCCCACGGCUCCGGAUGAAUCAUCGGACUGUCGAAUGUGGAUUGCGGGCCGCAAUCAACGGUCAGGAUCUAUCCGAGCGACCUUGGAAAGGGCCAAGACAAGGGGAGGACAACAGCAGGACGAGAGAGGAGGACAACAGCAGGGCAAGGACAGGCUUAGCAAACAUCCAUGUCCAACCCUGCCUGCCCAUGUCCAACCGCAUGCGGCCGAUAUAUCUAUCCUUUGGCAGAUCCGGCGGGCGUGGCUGGAGGAAGUGAAGGACGGUGCCGCAGUUUCAGAUCGUUUCCCAAGUGCCCGCGUGGAAGCCACGGGUGGUGCCAUGGCUCGGCUGCGGCAAGCAUCCAUUCUGAUGGUGCUGGUGCUGGCCAUGCUAGCAGCCAUGCCCAGCUUCUUGAUGCCACCGGCCCCGAACGGCGCCCGUGCGUAUGCGCUUCGGGGCCACACAGACACGCGCGUCGAAGCGGCGGAGUUGGCCAGCGCUUUGCCAGUGGCUUUGGGGGCUGGGCUCAUGUUGGCGCUUACCCUGCUCGUGCCGGCCACCAACCGCUACGAAGCCAAGGACUGCCAGGGCCCGGCUUCUCACAUUGCGAGAGAUAUCCAGCGGGACGAGGCCGUGUUUGUGCGGCACAACGAGGAACGCCUUGGCCAGGUGAGACAGAAGUUGAGGGAACAUGCCAAGGUGGCUGUUGACCGACGCCUGUGCUUGGAGUUUGACAUAGACCCAGUUUGAAUUAUGUGCCUGAGACAAUCUUGGGUUGCACAAUUAAUGAGGGGUUCAACAUGUGAAUCGCUUCCGGGACCCCUAUACAGAGAUAUACACUGACACCCAGGUGUCACAGAAAAGGGAUUGAAAAGUGCAUGUUUGCUGUUAGCCAGGGUCAGGCAUUUGAUAACAGUGGAUGCCCGGGUGGUGAGGGAAGUUCCGCUCAGUUUUCGAUGCGCUUGUACAGUGGAUCUGACAGAUUUGCAGAUACAGGGGUUGUC